AUGCAAUCUGUAUCUUUGCCAGAACAGUAUACAGAAGAUAUGAAAGCUUUAACUAAGCAGUGCAUCCAAACGUUUGAUCGAUUUAUAGAUGUAAGCGUUAUUUUUUAACCAUCUCUCAUUAGGAAUCAUACCAUCGAGUCAAUGUCUUUAUCGACUCCAUUUAUGAUGAAUUGUGUUUAAAGCCAGCACCUAUAAAAGAGAAGGAGCAUAACACAAGUACUAAAGUUGUCAAAUUACCUGAUCCUCCUCAAGUGAAAAUAGAUGUGAUCAUCAAUUUCACUACUGAUGAAACUCCAUCAUUUAGGUAAAGUAAUAUUAAUCAUCUCUUUGUAGAUAUAUAAAGUAAAAGAAAGAAGUAGUACAGAAAGAGGAGGUGUUUGAAAGAUAGGAGGAUCUCUUACAAAUUUUUACCAAGGCUAAUUCGAUUAUUAUUAAUGAUAAGUCAUCAUCCAUUUACAAGCAACUCUUAGAUGUGUUCAAGAAGGAGUAAAUUUAAGAUUGUGUUGCAUAUCUAUAAUCACUUAGACAUUAAGUUCAUGAGGGGAAGGAAUAAAUUAAGAAGAUAAUUAAGAUUUUGAAGAACAUAAAGGAACAUGAAUUCAAUUAAAAAGAUUACUCCACAAAAGAAUUUCAUGAAAUAAAAAAUAAUUUUAUCAAGAAGAUAUCAGUUAAUAGGAACAUGAUUGAAUUACUAAAAUUAUUGGUCCAACUUACUAGUAUAGAUGAUCGAUUCAUAUAAUGUGGAUCCAAUUCACUUCACUUAUUGGUCUUGAUGAAGGUAGAUCUAAAGAAUCAAUGCUUAGAGAAUAUACGGAUCAAGAAUACAUCUAUAAUUGGAGGAAACUUUGUACGAUGCAAUUUGAAUGGAUCUGUAUUGGAGAAUGUAGACAUAAGUGGAGUCAAUUUUAAUGGUGCUUAGUUGUUUAAUUGUAAAUGGAAGAACAUUAAAAUCCAUGAAUUGAAUAAAUUGGAUGGUCAUAGAAGUUGUGUGAGAUCAGUCUGUAUCUCCCCUGAUGGUAAGACAUUAGCUUCUGGUAGUGAUGAUAGGUCUAUCUGUCUUUGGGAUGUCAAAAAAGGAUAAUAAAAAGCAAUAUUAGUUGGUCAUACUAGCACUGUCGUAUCAGUUUGUUUCUCUCCUGAUGGAAAUACAUUAGCAUCUGGUAGUGGUGAUAAGUCUAUCCGUCUCUGGGAUGUCAAAACAGCAAAAUAAAUAGCCUAGCAUCAGUUUGUUUCUCUCCUGAUGGAAAUACAUUAGCAUCUGGUAGUGGUGAUAAGUCUAUCCGUCUCUGGGAUAUCAAUACAGGAUAAUAAAAAGCCAAAUUAGAUGGUCAUACUAGCACUGUCGUAUCAGUUUGUUUAUCUCCUGAUGGAAAUAAAUUAGCAUCUGGUAGUAAUGAUAAGUCUAUCCUUCUAUGGGAUGUCAAAACAGCAAAAUAAAUAGCCAAAUUAGAUGGUCAUAAUAGUUGUAUUAACUCAGUCUUUUUCUCACCUGAUGGAAAUACAUUAGCAUCUGGUAGUGAUGAUAAGUCUAUCCGUCUCUGGGAUGUCAAAACAGGAUAAUAAAAAGCCAAAUUAGAUGGUCAUACUAAUUUUGUCUGGUCAGUCUGUUUCUCUCCUGAAGGAGAUACAUUAGCAUCCGGUAGUGGUGAUAAGUCUAUCCGUCUAUGGGAUAUCAAAACAGGAUAAUAACAAGUAGAAUUAGAUGGUCAUACUAGCACUGUCGUAUCAGUUUGUUUCUCUCCUGAUGGAAAUACAUUAGCAUCUGGUAGUAAUGAUAAGUCUAUCCGUCUCUGGGAUGUCAAAACUGGAUAAUAAAAAGCCAAAUUAGAUGGUCAUACUAGUUGUAUUAACUCAGUCUGUUUCUCACCUGAUGGAAAUACAUUAGCUUCUGGUAGUGAUGAUAAGUCUAUCCGUCUAUGGGAUGUCAAAACAGGAUAAUAAAAAGCCAAAUUAGAUGGUCAUACUAGUACUGUCUACUCAGUCUGUUUCUCUCCUGAUGGAAAUACAUUAGCUUCUGGUAGUGAUGAUAAGUCUAUCCGUCUAUGGGAUGUCAAAACAGGAUAAUAAAAAGCCAAAUUAGAUGGUCAUACUAGUACUGUCUACUCAGUCUGUUUCUCUCCUGAUGGAAAUACAUUAGCUUCUGGUAGUGAUGAUAAGUCUAUCCGUCUAUGGGAUGUCAAAACAGGAUAAUAAAAAGCCAAAUUAGAUGGUCAUACUAGUACUGUCUACUCAGUCUGUUUCUCUCCUGAUGGAAAUACAUUAGCUUCUGGUAGUGAUGAUAAGUCUAUCCGUCUAUGGGAUGUCAAAACAGGAUAAUAAAAAGCCAAAUUAGAUGGUCAUACUAGUACUGUCUACUCAGUCUGUUUCUCUCCUGAUGGAAAUACAUUAGCUUCUGGUAGUGAUGAUAAGUCUAUCCGUCUAUGGGAUGUCAAAACAGGAUAAUAAAAAGCCAAAUUAGAUGGUCAUACUAGUACUGUCUACUCAGUCUGUUUCUCUCCUGAUGGAAAUACAUUAGCUUCUGGUAGUGAUGAUAAGUCUAUCCGUCUAUGGGAUGUCAAAACAGGAUAAUAAAAAGCCAAAUUAGAUGGUCAUACUAGUACUGUCUACUCAGUCUGUUUCUCUCCUGAUGGAAAUACAUUAGCUUCUGGUAGUGAUGAUAAGUCUAUCCGUCUAUGGGAUGUCAAAACAGGAUAAUAAAAAGCCAAAUUAGAUGGUCAUACUAGUACUGUCUACUCAGUCUGUUUCUCUCCUGAUGGAAAUACAUUAGCUUCUGGUAGUGAUGAUAAGUCUAUCCGUCUAUGGGAUGUCAAAACAGGAUAAUAAAAAGCCAAAUUAGAUGGUCAUACUAGUACUGUCUACUCAGUCUGUUUCUCUCCUGAUGGAAAUACAUUAGCUUCUGGUAGUGAUGAUAAGUCUAUCCGUCUAUGGGAUGUCAAAACAGGAUAAUAAAAAGCCAAAUUAGAUGGUCAUACUAGUACUGUCUACUCAGUCUGUUUCUCUCCUGAUGGAAAUACAUUAGCUUCUGGUAGUGAUGAUAAGUCUAUCCGUCUAUGGGAUGUCAAAACAGGAUAAUAAAAAGCCAAAUUAGAUGGUCAUACUAGUACUGUCUAGUCAGUCUGUUUCUCUCCUGAUGGAAAUACAUUAGCUUCUGGUAGUGAUGAUAAGUCUAUCCGUCUAUGGGAUGUCAAAACAGGAUAAUAAAAAGCCAAAUUAGAUGGUCAUACUAGCACUGUCGUAUCAGUUUGUUUCUCUCCUGAUGAAAAUACAUUAGCUUCUGGUAGUAAUGAUUCUUCUAUCCGUCUAUGGGAUGUCAAAACAGGAUAAUAAAAAGCCAAAUUGGAUGGUCAUACAAGAGAAAUUAUGUCAGUCUGUUUCUCUCCUGAUGGAAAUACAUUAGCAUCUGGUAGUAAUGAUAAGUCUAUCCGUCUAUGGGAUGUCAAAGCAGGAUAAUAAAAAGCCCAAUUAGAUGGUCAUACUAGUUGUAUUAACUCAGUCUGUUUCUCACCUGAUGGAAAUACAUUAACAUCUUGUAGUAAUGAUAAGUCUAUCCGCCUCUGGGAUGUCAAAGCAGGAUAAUAAUAAGCCACAUUAGAUGGUCAUACUAGUGAUGCCUGGUCAGUCUGCUUCUCUCCUGAUGGAAAUGCAUUAGCAUCAAGUAGUGAAGAUAACUCUAUCCGUUUAUGGGAUGUUAAAACAGGAAAAGAAAUUCAAUCCUCUGAUAAUGAUUACAAAUAUUUUUUAUACUAGUUUCAGACACCACUAUUUUAAAAUAGGGCUUCUCCACGUAUAAAUUCUAACAUUUUUUAGGAACAACCAAUCUAAAUUUUUUAUUAAUAUCCUAAUAAACUAUUUUUUAAGCAUAGGGUGCUUUAAUCUUGAAAGGUGAAAUUGAAAAUACAUCAGGGAUCAAUUUAUUCACAUUAUUCAGCCAAAAAGGUAGCUUUAUUUUGGAAAGCCCGUUAGAUUACAAGUAAAAAUGA